CUUCAGAAUAUACUAUCCUGGAAUUCAUUUUUUGCAUCCUCAAAUCCAGAAUUACGAGCUAUACAGAGUAGACCAUUGCCAUCAUGGUAACGAAAAACAAAGAUGGCCCCAAACUGCCAAAGCAACAGCUGGCAAUUCUGGCCAUCGCCAGAUUCGCUGAACCCUUAGCCGCAACAUCCAUCUACCCUUACCUCCCCGAGAUGAUCAAGAGUUUCGGGGUUCCGAAGAACGAGGUGGCGAAAUGGGCCGGCUUCACAGGAUCCAUCUUCUCAGUUGCGCAAAGUAUGGCCGCCGUGCCUUGGGGGAGAGCAUCCGACCGGUUCGGCCGCAAGCCCAUCAUUCUCCUCGGUAUCACCAGCACCAUGAUCUGCUUCAUCUUAUGGGGUCUAUCGACUAGUCUCACCAUGGCCAUCACCGUGCGGUUCAUCAUGGGAGCUGGAAAUGGAAAUGUCGGCAUCCUCCGAACGAUGGUAGCAGAAAUGGUUCCUGAAAAGGAACUCCAACCCAAAGCCUUCUCGCUCAUGCCUCUCGUCUGGUCCAUCGGCAGCGUCUUUGGUCCCGCCUUUGGCGGUUUCUUCGCCCAGCCCGCCAAGCAAUACCCUUCUCUCUUCGGCAACAUCGACUUCUUCAAAAAGUACCCCUUUGCGCUCCCCAACAUCGUCGCCGGCAUCAUCUUCUUCAUCUCCCUCAUGACCGGUCUCCUCUUCCUCCGUGAAACGCUCGAAAGCCGACGCGGCCAUCGGGAUUGGGGUCUCGCUUUGGGGGAGAAACUCACUCGCCCCUUUAAACGCCGGGGCCCUCACUAUCACCACCACCGAAACAAUAGACGACACUCUUUUGUCGACGACGGCGCCUCCGCCCCCUUACUCGCCCCAUCCUCCCUCUCCACCUCCAUAGCCUCCUCCGUGGAAACCGACCCUCCCACCCUCCGCGAAAUCUUCACCCCGCAAACCAUCAUCAACCUAACCUCGUACACCUUUCUCGCCCUCCACUCGGUAACCUUCGACCAAGUCCUGCCCGUCUUCCUCAACUACCCGCGCGUAUCCCCGCACGACCGGACCCCAUCCAACACGCACCUCCCCUUCAAAUUCUCAGGCGGCUUCGGUCUGAGUUCGGACAAGAUCGGCACCAUCUACACCGUGUACGGCAUCGCGUGCGGCGUCGUCCAGUUUUUCUUGUUUCCCUGGUUCUGCGCCCGGUUCGGGGUCUUGCGGUGUUUCCGCGCCGCCACCCUCCUUUUCCCCAUCGUCUACCUGUUGACGCCGUACACGGCGCUGAUCGAAGACACACACACGCGCUACGCCGUCUUCCUCACCCUCAUCUUGGUCAAGGGCGUCGCUGUCAUUAUUGGCUUUCCCUGCACGACCAUCUUGCUCACCAACUCGGCCUCCUCUUUACGCAUUUUGGGAACGUUGAAUGGAUUCGCGACGACUUUUUCGGGGUUGGGAAGGGCGAUUGGUCCCGCUAUGGCGGGAGCGAUCUUUACGUGGGGAGUGACGGGGAGGGAUUAUAUCAUUGCUUCUUGGUGGUUUUUGAGUCUUGUGGCGGCCAUCGGAGCGAUACCGAGUUGGUGGAUUGUGGAGGGGGAGGGGCCAUCGAGGAGUUUGCAGACGGAUUCUGAGGAGAGUGGUGAAGAGGAGGAAGAGGAGGAGGAAGAAGAGGGAGUGGAGGUGUUGAAUGAGGGGAGUACGUUGGUUUCGAACUUUCAGGGAUCGAGGGCCGGCUCGGCUGUGGAUGGAGGGUACGGGACGAUAAAGAAAGAUGCGCAGGAGGCGAGAUAAAUGGUGAUGCCUUGAAUGAAUCAUGAGAAAGGGGGUAUUGACGAAUGGUAAAUUGACAACGAUGAGUGGAGGACGGGGUUGAGCAUUUUCUUGGUUAUUGAGCACGGCAUGGCGUGGAAGAACCGUUGCUUCUCAUGAUACCCGUGUGCUAUCGAUGUUGACCAUGGUUAGAUUUCAGCUUUAUUUUUGGUUGGAUGGAUCAAGGCGUUGCGGGGGUACCAAAAAGAAUUGAUUUACUGGUUUUUCAUCAUUUCAAUGAACUUCGAGGGCUGGGCUGUAGCUAGAUAUGACAAUUGUUGGUCCAAAACGUCAGUACUCGUCGAUCUCGAAUACAUCGUCGUCGUAGAUGGUAACAACAG